AUAAUAUAGUUUAAAAAAUGUAUUUAGUUUCCCCAUGUUCAGUCCUUUCAAUCCACAAGAUGCCUCCCUUUAAACAGUUAAUUACAAAGCUGUGGACGGUGUUGUGCUUUUAUUUUGAAAAGGAAGCAGGAAGUCAAGCUCGUAGCUUGCUGCGAGCUUAACCACCAGUUUUCCUCUGCUGUUGUUUAGCUGAGAGCUCGUCGCCGUGUGCUAGCGCUCCAGGUGAAGCUAAAUCCUCCUGCCCUGUUUCUUCAGGUGGAAAUGAAAUCUUUAAAAUGUCAAAUCUUCAUAGAAGUUGGACACGUGUUGAAGACGUUGUUACAGAAAAAUGUUUUAUUCAUUGACUGAAUGGAAUUCUUACUGGCAGGUGAUCAUCGCAUGGAUCUACACAGGACAAAUGUAUGAAGACACUUACAGGUUGGAGCCAAGGAAAAUGACAUAAAGGCCCUCUCAGAGCUCUAAGAUGAUGUGCAGAAGCACAUUGUAAGUGAUGUGAUCAGAGGGCAGAAAGGGAAUGCAGACUAGUCAGCUAUAGCUUGUAUGCGAGCGUGAUGCCCAGGCGGGGGUUGACGCUCCAGGGCCGGGUCCGCUGGCUCUUCCUGAGCCUCUUCCUGCUGCUGGUGCUGCUGCUGUUCGCGUACCUGCUGGAGUGCACCCCUCCAGCAGACGUCAGCCUGGCCCUGCCCGGCAUAGCAGGGGAGACCUACGGGAAGGAGUACUACCAGGCCCUGCUGCAGGAACAGGAGGAGCGCCACCUGAACCGCGCCGCCAGCCUCAAGCGCCAGAUCGCCCAGCUCAAGCAGGAGCUGCAGGAAAUGGGCGAGAAGCUGAAGCUGCUGCAGGACAAGAAGGAGCUCCCGGGGGUGCAGGGCCUGGCCGAGACUAAAGACCAGGAGCCGGGAGAUCUGCUGGAGUACCUGCACUCCCAGAUCGACAAGGCUGAGGUCAACACGGGGGCUCGUCUCCCCAGCGAGUACGCCCUGGUGCCCUUUGAGAGUUUCACCUCGUCCAAGGUGUACCAGCUGGAGAUGGGGCUGACGCGGCACCCCGAGGAGAAGCCUGUCCGCAAAGACCGCAGGGACGAGCUGGUGGAGGUCAUAGAGGCGGCGCUGGACAUCAUCAACAACCCCGAUGAGGAGGACGGCGUGGAGGAAGACAUGCCAAUGCAGAGACAAACCUACAUAGAGAGUCACUUUACUGAAGGACUGUACAGGACCGAGCGGGACAAAGGGACGCUUUACGAGCUCUUCUUCGCCAAAGAAGAAUCCAGCAGCUUCCGCCAUGUCACGCUCUUCAGACCCUUCGGUCCUUUGAUGAAAGUCAGGAGCACAUCUGUAGAAACAUCUGGACUGAUCAUUAACAUCAUUGUGCCGCUGGCGGGCCGAGUAGAAACAUUCUCACAGUUCUUACACAACUUCAGGGAGGUGUGCAUACAACAGGACAGACGAGUCCAUCUCACGGUGGUUUAUUUUGGGCAGGAAGGUCUACAGGAUGUGAAGUCAUCUCUGGAAAAAACAUCAAGGGAGGAGAGCUUCUCCAAUUACACUCUGAUCCCGGUGGACGAGGAGUUCUCUCGAGGUCGGGGUCUGGAUAUCGGAGCCCACGCCUGGAAGAAAGGCGACGUCUUGAUGUUUUUUUGUGACGUUGACAUCCAUUUCACACUCGAGUUCCUUAACACGUGUCGUCUCCACGCUGCCCCAAAUAAAAAAGUGUUUUAUCCAGUGGUGUUCAGUCUGUACAAUCCCGCCAUAGUCUAUGGAAAUUUGGAGCUGGCUCCACCCACUGAACUCCAACUGAUUCACAAAAAAGACGCUGGAUUCUGGAGAGAUUUUGGUUUCGGAAUGACGUGUCAGUAUCGCUCAGAUUUCCUAAAUAUCGGUGGGUUCGACCUGGAGGUGAAAGGCUGGGGCGUGGAGGACGUCCACCUGUACAGGAAGUAUCUCCGGAGCGACCUGAUCGUGAUCCGGACGCCGGUGUCCAGCCUCUUCCACCUGUGGCACGAGAAGCAGUGUGCGGACGAGCUGACGCCGGAGCAGUACCGCAUGUGCAUCCAGUCCAAAGCAAUGAACGAGGCGUCCCACUCUCACCUGGGCAUGCUGGUUUUCCGCGACGAGAUCGAGACUCACCUACGCAAGCAGGCCUUCAAGACUCAGAGCAAAACGGAGGAGUGAGAUAGCCUCGAACACACACACACACACACACACACACACGUCAUCAUUCCAACGUCGAGACUGAGGUGCUGACAUUGUUAUCGCACUACAGCAAAGACAUGUUUACAUGGAUCCUUCUGCAUUUCACCGCACAGCUGUAGACAAAUGAAUGUACAAAAACGAGCAUUGAUCAAUGUGAAACUUCACAACAUGGUACAACAGCACUAACAAACAGAUAAACAAGCAAAUUCAGUCAUAUUUAACCUGCUGAAGGGGAACUAACAAGUGGUGAAUCCUUUGGAUUUAGGUUGACAUUGUAUUUUACAUUAUAACAUCAAUUCAAUAAGCAUGCCGUUAUAAUCCUGGGAAACAUAACUUCUCAUUAUACCUGCUUCAAAGCAACCAGCUUAUUCACCGUUUCUUCUGCUUAAAGGGAAACCUCAGUGUUUUUCAACCUGCACCAGAUUUUCCCAGGUUUUUGUGUGUAAGUGAAUAAUGGGGGCGACACUUUUUGAAAUUGGUCCAGGAUUAAGUGAGUGCUGCAGCAACCGACCAAUACAUGCGUCAAUGUACGUCCAUUAAAAGUGCUUGUUUCAGGGGUUUUUUUGGUGUCUGAAAAGAUGAUCGAAAGUUGGAGAAGUCUCUUUCUAAAAUCAGUAAACAGUAAAGUAAAGUAAACAGUGGACACAUGAGUGAGAGUUAAAGGGAAGAGUUUGUCAUGUCGGAGUACAGAAAGAGAAGCUUAGUUUUAUAAAAAGAGCGAAUACUAAUCAAUGCGUUCUGGGAAUCAAGAACCAGUUUCAGUUGAGAACUGAUCCAAAUUGCAAUCUGAAUUGUACACCUCUGAGCUUAUGAAUUUGUUUUUCAGACAGUUGCAUAUUUCUUAGUUUCUCUUACUUGACUAAGAACCUAAAUGUAAAAAAAAAUCUGUCAGUAAUCUCUCAUUUCAUCAACAUAGAAAUAAAAACAGAUAAUAAAUCUGAUUCUCAAUAAAAUAAAGGUUUUUAUGUAUAAUGGUAUUAGCAGGAUAAUAGCAAAAAACAAUCACUUAAUAAGUCAGUAGUGAAUUCAAAAUAUCAACAGAUUUAUGACUGAAUAUAAAAUAUUUUAAUAGGUUAAAAUACUGUGUGGAGUUUGCAUGUUCUCCCCGUGUCAUCGUGGGUUCUCCCCGGGUUCUCCAGCUUCCUCCCACAGUCCAAAAACAUGCACUUAGGUUUAAUUGGUGAUUCUAAAUUGCCCGUAGGAGUGAAUGAGAGCCUGAAUGGUUGUCUGUCUCUACAGUCAGGAAAAAAAUAUUAGACCACCUUUUUUUUUUCAAUUUCUUGUUCAUUUUAAUGCCUGGUACCAC